AUGCAACUCAUGCCCCAACUUGUCUCGCUGCUCGCUGCCCUCUGCGUCUUUGAGCCCAAUGCUGUUUUUGCCCUCCCUGUUCAUCCUGGGCAAGUCGCUUUUGCAAUCCGUGACGCUCUUGUACCCAACGCUUUCCCUGGACACUCUGGUUUGCGCGUCUACCGUCGUCUCUUCGCUCAACGCCGGCAUCGUUCACGUGGCGUCAAAACGCACACGAGCAAACGCAGCUUACUGAACGGUGCAUUGUCCAUCGACAGUCCAUUGGGCGUUGUCGGCCGGGUCGUUGGCUCUGACGCCAGCAAGUCGGUAGUCAUCAAUGUUCCCCGAAAUCAUCGUACCAAAGUACCAAGAAACUUCUACACUUUGCCCUUCAUGCGCGUUACUCACCAGUUUGUCGAACGAGGCUUCACCCCGGAUGGCGUUCCAGGAGUGAUCGACAUUAUGAGCCCGUCAGUAGACGAUCCUGCUGGCCAGCGACUUGCCUCGCUCUCUAUCGCGUCCACGCCAUCUGAGGCAAACCAGUUUGUGCUCAAUGCGUCUGGUGUCAACGCAACUACCGUCUAUCUCGUCGUCAACAAUCAUCUGUCGCUGUUAGACCGGUCCCUUGCUGUACGACUCGAAGUCCCCGUCUACGAUCAAUCACACGCGGCGUACGUCUCCUACUGUGCAACUUUCGACAUGACCCAGGCCAGCCCAUUGAUGGUCGCCGAGUGCUAUCCUAAGGGCAUUAGUGAUCACAACAGCCAGCUGUUCUCGUAUGCCACAGACACAGGAGUUGUCAAACCUCUCUGGCUCUCUUCCGCCUUCACACAGGACUCUCCCUCCUACUCCAAUGCGACUGCGAUGCAGCAGUCGGCUCCUGCUGCCGAAACGGCACACUCUGAUGCCGACGGAUCCCCCGACGACACGAAUUCUCCCCAGAACGUUGCUCUCAUCUUCACUCCUGAACUUGACAAUACUGUUCCCGUUGUCAACGCACACGCAUCCUCGCUUCCAAGUACUUCCUCUGGGGCCGCAGCCGCAGAGGAACCUCUCGGAGAACCGAGCUCAACUGAGGACGUAGUGCCUACACCGACAGAGAGCGAGUCGACUGAAGAUGCACCCUCUUCACCUUCAGACCUCGUAGAAGAGGUGAUGCCCAGUCCAACGAUGUCGCUCAUCGUUUUCGUCGGCAGCGCGAACGAGGCAGGGUCCGAAUCGACUGAAACAGCAGCCACGCCUACCGACUCGGAAGUUGCCAUGUCUACACCUACAGAUUCUACUUCACUCAAGAAGCGACAGGCUGAUGAGAAGCCUGAUUGGGAAGACGACACUGGGAGCUCCCAGGACGAAGACGGCGUCACAGAGGGCUGCUCUUCAGGACCCCAGGGUAAUGACUCGUCUAUCGAUGAAGAGAAUGUAGAGACUGGCGCUGAUAUGCGAGAUCUUGACACUGGGUACAGUUGGCGAUUCACGGCUCGGAGCGCGGAGAACGAUCUUGUACGCUAG